UCUGUUCAAACAUAUCCCCGACGAUAAAUAAUAAAUUUGUUCCACCGAUUGAUUUAUCGUUUCGUUUUUGGUUUGAAGUGCCUCGAUUUCUUCCAUAUUUCAUCCGCAAAAAAAAAAUAAGAGAAAAAAAAGAGAGAAAAGGACCAAAUUACAAAGUGAAGUGACCAGAAAAGAAAUUUUUUAUAUGAAAAAAUAAUAAAAAUGGAAUAAAAAAGCAAUGCUAAGAGCUUAAGCUGUAAUAAGACUAUAAAAUAAAGGACUUAUCGCCUUAUGUGAGAGACACUGAUUACAUUGCUUGAACAUAUUACGAGGAUAUGAAUACCGCUCAGUGAUUAUUAUUAUGUCAGAUUUAUCUCUUGUAGUAUUGGAAUAAUAAAAAAAAGUGUUGUGAACGAAAAAAAAAGAAAUCUAGAUAAAAAUCAGGGAUUAUACUUACACAAGUGUCUGCAUCUUACAAUCUAUUUAUCUCAGAUAACGAAUUAUUUAACGAUUUGCCAGCCAUCUGAUACGAAAAAAGUCCCGCCUAUCAACCGAUCAAGUGCAAAAAAGGUCCGAAAACGGAGAGAAUCAAGUAUCGCGUCUACAAAAAAUCAAUAAUGGACCAAAUGGCGGUCAAUAGUUACGGGCAGGAGAUGCUAAACAAGUACAUUUACUACAAGCAUCGCGUUAAUCGUGCUCUCGAGGAAGGUCGUAUCUUCCGCAUUGUCGGCCAUUACGAUUGGCCUCGCAUUCGUACAGAAAUGGCGAAACGUGGAUGGAUCGAAAAGCGUCAAUUUGCCUCGGAUAACCCAAUUGUCGAUUUGCCACAUUCCAUCUUGCUGGAAGAAGCUGAGCCGGGAAAUAAUUACGAACUUGCUCUCAUUGCCCGGAUGAUAGGACGAACAAAACCGACGUGGAUGUGGAUGAUGAACGGCAAAUACUACUAUCGGAAUCUCGAUAUUCCGAUCAUGAACAAACUUUACGUGCGGAAUUGCAAUUUUGGCGGGAAAGAUGGUUUGCAGCAAUAUUUUGAGGUUAUGGAUUACGGAUCGCAUCCACGUGGUUAUAAUUUGAUCGAAUGCAAGUGUUUGGAAGUUUUUGUGGAAGAUUAUUAUUUGACGGCAGCAACAAGUUUAAUACUUUUCCUCGAUAACCAUCAAAGUUUGGUAGAUCGUUUCGCAAAAGGCGAAGAGAAUUGUGUUCCAUGGUCCGCCAUAAUUACUGUUUUUCAAUUUGUCACGCAGCAUAUUGACAGUGCGCAAUAUGGCAUGAGUGUGUCGCAGGAAAAUUGUAAGAACAGUGGUUUAAAUGAGCAAAAGGCGAAGGUUAUUCUCGCUACUUAUCUUAAUAUCGUGAAAAAUGGCAUGCGGAUCGAGACGUAUCACAAAAAUGUGCAAGACCAUAUUCCGAUAAUUAGGACAAUUGCACAGAAAGUGCGGGAUACGUGGCCACAACGCAUUCACGAUGGGUACAUGAAUACGUGGCUGUUGAAGCCCGCCUACAGUGGUCAAGGUAAUGGCAUCAUCAUGUCAGCAGACAUCGAAGAAAUUGUCAAUAUCGUCAAAGAGGAUACCGAUACCAAGAAAUACAUUGUCCAAAAAUACAUUGAGCGUCCAUUGUUGGUGCACAACACAAAAUUCGAUUUGCGGCAAUAUUUUCUCCUUACGGUACACAAAAAUAAGAUGCGUGGCUGGGCACACUCCAAAUGUACUGUCAGAUUGGCAUCCGAGGAAUUUACGUUUGAUAGAUUUUCCCGAGCAAUUCACAUCACAAAUACGGCAGUCCAGAGACGCUUUAAGAAACGCUCUAAUGAACAUUUGCCACACUUACAUUGGGGCAUAAAGGAUCUCGUGCAGUAUUUGUGGAAAAUGGGGAAACCGCAUGCCUGGCAGGAGAUUAUUUUUCCACAAAUUAAACGGACCUUGGUGUCAUUCAUGAAGUCGGCAGCACCAAAUAUCGAACAACGUCCCGGCAGAUAUGAGAUAUUUGGCUGUGAUUGGCUCGUUACGGAGGACUUGCAAACUUACAUGCUCGAGAUAAAUCGCUCCCCGGCACUUUACUAUUACUCUGAAGUGUCGGUCGAUGUGGUUGGCACUGUGAUGAACGACUUAAUUAAAGUUACCGUUGACUACAUGAAGGAUGAGACGGCAUCAACAGGUGGCUUUGAAUUGAUUUGCGAAAUUGACAUGUCAACACUCGAGCCGUUUGACGUUGAUUGGAGUCAGUACUAUCGUCCGCGCAAGAGUGUGACACCAACAGACGACAUUCACGAUUACUUGUACGAAGUUACGCGUCAAAGUAGCGUCGAACCGUGUCCCGAUGAAAACAUUAUUCCUCGCCCGCCAUCACCGCCGCCGCUUCCCCUGCCCGAACCAGAUCCAAAUAUGACAAAAUUACCAAAGAAAUCCGAGGUAAAAACAACACAAAAACAACCGCAACAAAAGCCAGUUGCUCUUCCAACUAUUGUCAUCGAUGCACCGCCGCAACAACCAGAAGAUCGCAAAAAAGUAUUACAAGAAACGACAAAAGGAAAUAUAAUGACAGGUACAAGUAGCACCGAGAAAAAAAUCGAAGAAAAAAUGUACAUAAUACCGCCGAACAAGAAACGAGCUCGCAACGAGGACAACAAAAGCCAAGACAGCAACAAGACUAACAAUGAAAAGAGUAACAACAAAAAUUCAGAUAAUAGAGAAAAUACUUUAUCGCAACCGGAAAUGGGGCAAGAUUUUGAUCCUUAUGGAGAAACUUUAAUUACUUAUUAAAAUUUAUUUUGUACUUUGGAGAUUACGGAACAUUAAAAAAUUAAGAG